AUGCUUCAAGAGUACUUGAGAAAUCAAGAAGAGAGUACAAAGAAGAUGGAGAGAAGAAUCGAUUUCAUCCAUGAGAGUCUUGGAAACAAAUCUGAAGUCCUAUUCAAGCAAGUGAUCAAGCUUGAUGAAGACAUUAAGAAGUUAAGAGAGGAUCAUGAUCGAUCUUUGACCCUAGUUAAGCUUGAUGUUGCUUCCAAAUAUCAAGAGUUGCUGAACAAGAGCUUGAGAAUUGAAGAUACUAGCUAUGGCAAUAGCAACAUCUUGGAUCAAUCUACAACCGCCUACAAGCCCUUGAAGGAUCAUCUCAUGCCAAUUACAAGAGAGAGAGGAGUCCAACACCCAACCACCCUCCCUUUUAUUGUAAUGCCAUCACAAGAAGAAGCACUACUCAAGUCCAUGAAGACAAUGAAGAAGAAGAAAGAGAGUAUGAGGAACAACUGA